GGCUUUUUUUUCCUUUUUUUUUUUUCUCCUUCCCCAAUAGCUCUUUAAAGGUUGCUAAUCACUGAAGUGUUUUCCCUUGCAACCCUCACUGGAGGAGAUGGGGUUUCUGGACGGGAGCAGCUCUUGGCUCAGCAAAGCAUGCACAGCAUGAUCAGCUCAGUGGAUGUAAAGUCGGAAGUUCCCGUGGGAUUAGAGCCUAUCUCACCCUUAGACUUGCGCACUGAUCUCAGGAUGAUGGUUCCCAUGGUGGACCCAAUUCUGCGCGAGAAGCAGCUGCAGCAGGAGCUGCUCCUGAUCCAGCAGCAGCAGCAAAUCCAGAAACAACUGCUGAUUGCAGAGUUCCAGAAGCAGCAUGAAAACCUGACCCGCCAGCACCAGGCCCAGCUCCAGGAGCACAUAAAGUUACAACAGGAACUCCUAGCCAUUAAACAACAGCAAGAACUCCUUGAAAAAGAGCAGAAACUGGAGCAGCAGAGACAAGAGCAGGAGCUGGAGAGGCAUCGCAGGGAGCAACAGCUUCCGCCCCUCAGAGGCAAAGAAAGAGGCCGAGAAAGGGCAGUGGCCAGUACGGAAGUGAAGCAGAAACUUCAAGAGUUCCUAUUAAGUAAAUCAGCAACAAAAGACUCUCCAGCAAAUGGAAAGAAUCAUUCCAUGAGCCGCCACCCCAAGCUCUGGGCUGCCCACCAUACCUCACUGGAUCAAAGCUCUCCACCCCUGAGCGGGGCCUCGCCACCAUACAAAUACACUUUGCCAGGAGCACAAGAUGCCAAGGAUGAUUUUCCACUUCGUAAAACGGCUUCAGAGCCGAAUUUGAAGGUACGUUCAAGAUUAAAACAAAAAGUGACAGAAAGGAGAAGCAGUCCUUUACUCAGAAGAAAGGAUGGAAAUGUUGUCAGUUCAUUCAAGAAGAGACUCUUUGAAGUGACAGAAUCCUCAGUCAGCAGCAGCUCUCCCGGAUCAGGUCCCAGUUCCCCAAGCAAUGGUCCGACUGGUAAUAUCACAGAAAAUGAAACCUCGGGUUUGCCAGCUGCCAUUCCUGCUGAGCAUCUGGUUUCACAGCAACGUCUUUUGAUACAAGAAGAAUCGGUGAACUUGUUGAGUCUGUAUACAUCACCUUCUCUGCCCAACAUUACCUUGGGACUUCCAGCAGUACAAUCCCACAUCAGUGCUUCAUCAUCAUUCAAAGAAAAGCCGAAGGGAGAGACCCAGGCUCUCAGACAAGGAGUGACCUUGGCUGGACAGUACGGAGGGAACAUUGCUCCAGCCUCAACUCAUCCUCAUGUUGCUUUGGAGGGAAAGCCAAACAGCAGCCACCAAGCUCUCUUGCAACAUCUGUUACUGAAAGAACAAAUGAGACAGCAGAAGCUUCUUGUUACUGGGGCAGUUCCUCUUCAUCCUCAGUCUCCUUUAGCGGCAAAGGAAAGAGUCUCACCUGGCAUCAGAGGUGCCCACAAACUGCCUCGUCACAGGCCACUGAAUCGAACCCAGUCAGCUCCUCUUCCUCAGAGCACUUUGGCCCAGCUGGUUAUCCAGCAGCAGCAUCAACAGUUUCUGGAGAAGCAGAAACAGUACCAGCAACAGAUCCACCUGAAUAAGAUGCUCUCCAAGUCCAUCGAGCAGCUGAAGCAGCCUGGCAGUCACCUGGAGGAAGCUGAAGAAGAGCUGCACGGAGACCCCUCGAUGCAGGAGGAAGGAGCUCCCGCUAGUGGUGCCAGCAGUAGGGCUGAGAGCAGCAGUGCUGGUGCGGAUGACAGAAUAGGACAGCAGGUGGGGGCUGUGAAAGUCAAAGAGGAGCCGCCCGACAGUGAUGAGGAUACUCAGACCCAGCAAAUGGAAUCUGGGGAGCAAGCUGCUUUUAUGCAACAGGUAAUAGGCAAAGAUCUAGCUCCAGGAUUUGUCAUUAAGGUUAUUAUCUGAACGUCACAUGCGUUUUCUAGGCUUUGGUAAGCAGUUGUGCUUUGAUUCACUGAACUAGCAAAUCCCAGUUUAUCGUUCGAGGAAUUUAACAACGGCAGAGGUGUUGUAUGCACACUUAUAACCAUAGUGAUGCUCUUCCUUAAGGCCAUUAGUUGAGAGAAAUACCUGUUGCAGUCAGUUAUUCUACCUAGAGCUUUGCAUAAUAACUAGAAUAUGUAUUAGGCCAGGAUUGUCAGGGCAUUUGCUUAGUUCUAGUGAAACGGCGCUUGUAUCGCCCAGCUUGUUGAGAUCAGCACUUGCUGGAACUAGUUUCCAGACCUGAUUGGUGAAACAGUCUUGUUCUCUGAUUUUGAAUCCUCUGACUUUUGCUUUCAUCUAUCUGUAUAUAAUGUACCAUACUGUAGUCUUGAACACUGUUAACAAUAGGGUAUCUUCUCCCCGGUAGACAGGUACUGACUGCUAUCCUGGUGGUUCUGGGCUUGUGUAUAAAGUGUAAGUUAGAGAAGACCAGAGUUACAAGGUGGAUGUAAAGAUGCAAAGCAAGGCACUGUUUAAAAUUUGCACUGCUCAGUUUAUUUUUUACUCCGUCUUAUUUGACGAUACUGUCCACAGAGACAUCCUCAAUGAAGCAGAUGCAAAUACAGGCGAGAAGCAAAAUGCAGCAUUAGGUUCCAGUCAGAUACUAUGAUUUUGCAGGAAAAGCACAGACCUAUUAUUACUAUCCGAUAUCCAAUCACAUGUUUAUUUUUUCAAAUAAAGAUUAAGCAUGCGAUCUCGCAUAAGCUUUACUGCUGGGUCUCACGGACACAUUCUAAAACAGUGACUUUGUGUAAAAUGCCGUCUUGGCAAAAGGAAAAUGCAGCCCCUUGUAGAGAACUKUAGCACUGCUGUAAAGCGAAGCACAUUCGGACGGGGCGUUUUCCGAGAGCUGGGGUCCCUCCUCUUAGUCGCUGGAAAAGCGGAGCGAGCGAUGCUGGAUGCAGUGGAAGGGCCUGUUUAUUUAAGUCGCUGCUUUGUCAGGUCCCUGCUGUUCUCCUGCAGAAAAGUGAUUCUGCGAGGGGGAGCAGGAAAUGCCUUAUGGAAACAGGAAGCCCAAGUGAUUCAUGUGCUGAGGAAUGUAAGGCGGGGGAACGGGCUGGUGUUCUCUCUGUUUUUAAAGGCACUCUAUGAAUUGAUUUAUUGUCAAAGAAAAUAACAAAGCGAGUAGGGAAAUUGUUAAGGAAGCUUUCCAGUGAAACAUUUCCUUCAUAUUCCCUUUUGAUAUGUUUACUUUGUUUUAUAGGUUUACUUUUGUUAAGCUAGUUAAAGAUUCAUUGUAUUAAGGCCCCUUUUAAUAUGGAUAAUCCCAAACUGACCUGGAAUCCCUGUCAGUUUUUUUUCUAUUAAAAAUAUUUAUAUUUCUAAAGCUAAGGUAUUUUAAGGUGCAGUAUCCUGUUUCAAAAGAGAUAGCUGUUUUGCCAAAUGUAGAAAUUGUUCUAAUAUAUGUUAUUAGCAUGUGUUAUUUACAUUUUGCUCUAAUAUUAUUAAAUCUCUCAUAAAAUGUUACAGCUUCUAAAGAUACAUUAUCCUUUUUAUUAAAAAGACCUCUAAACAAAUUAAAUGACUAAAUAGUCACUAUGAAAUGAAAGGCUUCCUGAAACAUUAGAUCAUCUUUUAUAGGAAAGAUUUACUAAUUGACAAAGUGCAGGUGUUUUUUAUGUGUGCUUCAUAUUUUAAUAAUAAUCUUUCAACAUCUUGAAUUGAAAAAUCACUUCUCUUUGAAAAGAGUGAAAACAUAUAUAGCGAUGAAAUUAGGUAUUUUUCCCAUUCUAUGUAACAACUUUUUUUAGACACCUAACUUCAGCUUUGUCAAAAAGGGAUAGUGCAUCUUUUAA